UUUACUAUGUUACUAUGGUGACCUCAACAAAGACUUUGCUAGGCCUCUGGGGCAGAGACAUAACCAACAGUACUAGGAUCACAAAGUUCACCCCUAAGUGCAACAGCAGAGGAAAGAUAGCCAUGGAAAAGAAAUCCAGCAUAAAACAAGUCAUUGUGGAAGAAGAUGAAAAUGAAAUAGAUAGGGAUGCCGCUAACAGCCAGCUCGUGGGGGUAAAGGAGAAGGAUUCUCCUGUCCUCAAACUCAGUGUGAUGUUCAGCCCCAAUCUGGACAGUGAAAGAGUUGACAGCUCCAGUCCUUCCCCUUCUCCUGUUGAACCCCCGAAGAAACAGAGUGUGGCAACCCAUUCUCCGCAGCUGAGCCCUGACCUGAUGGAAAAUCCACGAACGCUGCUCAUGCUGCUGCGUCAGAGGGAUCUGGAAAUCAUGGCACUGAAAAAUGCUAACCGGAGAGAUCAAUCAGACCGGCUUGGCUGUAUUUUGCAGCAACUUGUGAAGUCAAGGCAAAAACUGCCACUUAGGAGGAGCCCAAAGGAAGAAGGUCUUCAAGCAGAAGUUGACCAGCUGAAUGAUGAGAUGAAGACUAUCAAGAAGAACCAUGAGAAGGAGAUAAAAGUGAUGGAAGAUAAACUUGCAAAGACAAAAAUGCAGGUUAUGUAUUUGCAAAAGGCAGCAAAACCCCCCUCAAGAAAGACGGAUGACGAAUCAGACACCGAGUCUAGCAUUUCAUUGGAUGAAGGGGCCAAAUUGGCAUGCGAGUGCUUCGAGCUCUGGUCAGAGACAGGAACAAAGGUAACAUCAGAAACAAGUGAUCUACGGCUUCGAAGAAUUCCAAAGCACACAAGCUUUGUGGAUGCCUUUCAUAAGUUUGGAAGUAUUUCGCUGAGUGAAGAGGAAAAAGAUGAAAUAAUCCUGAAAUUAGAGAAGGCACACAAUGGUGCACUGGAGGGAAGCUCACAGGAAAGUUCACCUUCUGAACCAUCCUCGUUGGCUGUCCUCACCUCUCAGAAAUCAGACAUCUUCUCAGUGCCUGACCCCAAAAUGGUAGAAUCGUCUUCCUUCAAUACGGCAGCAUCUUCUGAGAAAAUGCCCGUGGGGAAAACUCCUUCCCUGGAUCGUUGGAGCCUUGCACAGUCUCGUCUCACUCUUGGACAGCUGUCAGAGGAAGAAAUGCACACUCACAUUUUGGCCUGCCCCUUCAUAGAAGAAUGCAGGAGAUGCCAUAUUGGUUCAGGACCAUUAAGGAUUGUGAGUGUACAUAAUACGGGCAAAUUUGUCCGAAUCUUCAAUACAUUAUUGAACAAGGAAAUAGAUUUAAGUGGCUACAUCAUCCAGCAGUGGGUUAAAGACUUCCCAGUGUCUAUCUAUCGUUUCCCGAAUGGCACCAUUCUGCCUGCACAGCAUCACAUCACAGUGUGGGCUGCAGGGGCCAACCUUGCUCAUGAGCAAGCUUCAAACAUGCCACUAAGCAGGCAACAUUUUUUCAGAACGGGUCCAGAAUGCACGACCUGCCUCUGUGACUACCAUGGCCAGAUUAUCUCACAAUAUAGAGGUCCUCAGCACUUCAUGGCAGCUGCAGAUGCCUAUAGCGAUAAUGUGGACCUUUCAGUGGACAAAUUUCCCCUCAGUGAAGAUGAUGAAACUUUUGAGUCCUUGCCUUCGAGGCCAGACGUAGCUUCGUCCCAACGAAUUCGUAGAACUUCAGGCAUCUUGGUAAACAAAAGGUUCCAUGGACACUUUUCUUUUGAUUCUGCACAAAGUAGCAAAAUGCUGCUUAGUCGUGCCACAGGUAUCAGGACGAAAAUCAGUGAAGCAAGCAGCGAAACUUCCAGCUUAUAUUCAGUUUCCUCAAAAACUUUGCUUCCACUCAUGGAAAAGAAUAGCAGUUCUUCAACCAGCGAGGGAGAUUUUGCUUUUCAGACAUGGCAGCCUCAAAUUAUGGAACCAGAAGCUAGAGAAUUCAAGACUACGCUGGAUACUACACUUCCCAUGGUGUCCCUGAUAGGACAGAAGAGUGCUCGCUCAAGAUAUGGCUUCAAGCAUAUGACUUACAUGCCCACUAUCACUGAUCUGCACUUAAGGAGGUACUGUCCUGCUAGAUGACAUGCUGAUGAAUGUCAGCAGCAAAGGUGGUUUGCAUGGCUUUAAAUACACAGCACAACUCUGCA